AUGGGACGUCGCGGAAUCGCGAAGGGCGGAAGCAAGGGGGCCGGCAAGGCCGGCGAGCAACCCAAAGAGUCGCAGUACGUCAAGCGUGUGGACUUGUACAAGUUCUUGGGCAAGUGGAUGUUGCGUUCCUAUCCGGACGAAAGGGGAAGGCCUCUCAUGUUGGGCGCGAAAAAGUCCACUGCACAAGCGGCGCUGGAACCCGAAGCCUUGAGGGCCAUUCUGGAUGCUGACUGCUGCGAGCUACUCCGACGCCCCACCAUGGGGCUCAACCUCGCGGCCGCUUCCAUAGACUGUGCGGCUUUGCUCGGGCCGGUGCUGCAGGAGAAGAUGGACAGUCUGUUGCCGUAA